AUGGCUACGCCAGAGCCACGGGCAACGUUACCGCCUGUAAAAUUCGAUUUCGACAAGUAUUUCCCGCAAAAGGUCGAAACGAGCUAUACGGCAGAGUUGUUCAUGUAUGGAUUGGGAAUAUUUAUUGGGGCGUUCGCCGUGUUUUUCACGGCUCGCCGGAUAUUCCGGGAAAAGCGCAGUAAUUUGGUGAUAGCCGCCCGAUUGAUGUCUUAUAAAGUGUCAUUAACCAUCGCUGAUCUGAUUAUAUUAUUCGUGUACGCGCCCACGCAAUUUAUAUGGAUACUGACGUAUCAUUGGUACGGCGGUGAUCUACUUUGUCGAUUAUACAAAUUCGUGAUGACGUUCGGGUUCCACGUAACGGCAAAUAUGCAGGUCCUAAUCGCACUCGAUCGACUAUACAUCACCACUCGGUUGAAUCACGUCGGGAAUACGCGGAAAAAUAGUCAUGGACGGUUUGGCCAAAACCACAACGCCUACAUCAUCCUGGCGUAUUUAUUGGCUUUUUCGUGUGCUUUGCCGCAGCUUUUCGUCUUCCAGUUGUACUACAUGGAGGAGAAGCACCCGCAGUGUUCGAGUAUAUGGAUUAUCUCCCGCCUCGUCUACUACAAAGACAAAGUGAGCAUGGUGGUCGACGAGUUCUACAAGGCCACCGGGGAGAUGCCAGACCUGAAGCUUCUGACCCACGAGAACAUGGAUGAUCUCUACAAGUUUUGCUACAAAAACAACAUCUCAGUGCCGGCCGGGAUCCCCAAGUUGGAGGAGGAGUACUACAAGCUGCUGUUUAUCGAGCAGGUCUACAACAUCUUCCACCUGAUUUCCAUCUGCGUGAUACCUUAUCUGAUCGAGUUGCUCUGCUACGCCUCUAUCCUCUAUCUUCUGAAGGGCGCCAAGAAGGGGCAAUUCUUGAACUUCAAGGAUAUCACCAGAAUGAAAUGGGUCUGGUGCGCCAUCCCAAGGUUCUUCCGCCACAAGCCCAAGUACAAGGAAUCCAAGAAGAAAGGGCUGAUGAAAAUCGACAUCGAAAUCCAGAAGUUACCCCUGACGGAGUCGAGCCAUGACGACGAUGAAGCCACGGUCACGAGAAGCACAAUAUUGCCCGAAGACACCUCAGCGCGCCGAUCAUCGCUUCUGAUUUCCUUCGACGGUCGCAGCACGAUAAGCGACGGGCCGACGGUCGGCCUGAUUUCGACGGACUCGUCGAAUCCGUCUUCCACCACCUCGUCGAACGUCAGCACCGAGAGAUCAACCCAAACAGCAUCGCCGGGGCUUCUACUAUCCGUGCAGACUGCGUUGCAUAAAUAUGGAAGAGGCAGCGUCGCCGCUUCCGCCUUCCAGCAUCGCCCCUCCUGGAUGAAGUCUUUGAACGAAAGACGACGAGCGUCAUGCCCGGAGACGGUGCACAACAACGCGAAGCCGUGGAUGAACACGGUGGCCGUGGCGCGGAAGCGCACCAGGAAGAAGGCCUUCUACAUGCUGACCCUAAACCUCAUCUUCUGGACCCCAUACUGUCUCCUGGGCAUCAUCACCGCCAUCACCGUCUUCGAGCAGUACCACCAUUUCCAAUUUGUCUGUGCCCUCAUCGUUUUUAAUGCCAUUACAAAUAUUAUUUUG